AUGUCACACCUCCACCUGUCAUGCUCAAAGUGUCUUCUGUUCGCACUGCUUCCGAGGAGGCGGGGAAGCAGCUUCCCCGCUCCACCCGAACCGGCCCCAGAGAGCGGCCGUGGCUGCGAAGGAUUCUCAGACUUUAGUGAUCCUCGCGGAGAGCCGAAUGCCAUCGUGCGCUCCGCCAUGCACCUCAUGUCGGCGGGCGUGCUCGACUGCCCAGACGACGUGUUCCUGGGGCCGAAGGCGCCGUGCAUGCACGAGGUGCUGGGGCGGCGGGAGGCUGCGAUCUGGAUAGAGCGCCCUUUGGUGCAGGGCUGCUUCAGAAAGGCUGCUUACAUUGAGGGUGAGGUCAGAAUGCACUACAUAUUCAACAGCAGCCACCCCUCCACCUGGCUGGUGCGGCCUUGGGGUCAGGACGGUGGUUGGGACAUCAGUGUCUGGUUGGGCUUAUCUUGCCACGGCGACGGCAUCUGCAGAGCUUAUAACUCCAUGUACAUGAACAAGAGCAUAUCGUGGGAUGACUUCGAGGCGAAGUUCCCGGUUGCGGACUUCCAGGUGCUUGACGGUUGGAGUUGUGGUCUCAACGAUGACGGUGGCGCUGCGCGCAUCACUUGGAGGACACCGCCAAGAAAAUUGUGGCAGCAGUUCGGGAAGCCGAUCACCCGCAGUGUAGAAGAGAGGGCCGAAUGGUCUUGGCUCUUCUGCCCGGAGCCGAACUUGCGGUCCGCGCUGGUGCUGGACGAGCUGAGUGGCGUUGCUCUAGCAAAGGCUACUCGUUUCGACAACAUCAGGGCCGUGAAGAGCAAGUACGGCGAUCUCCGCUGA